UGUUGGUACUGGUGGGGGUGGAGGAAGGACUUGAAGGGUUUUUCCAAUUCUUUAGGUCCUGCAACUUUCACUUCCCAUUUCUGUGCUUCUAGAAGCUUCUGAGGAGUGCAGCAGCCUUUAUAGAGCUCUUGCUGGUCCCAGGCAGAACAUCUUAAUUUGCAGCCACCAAGAAGAACAUCAAAAGAGACAGCACCAUGGAAGAUGACAGGAACAACCUUCUCCCCAAUACAUACACUGGCUCUGCUCCAGUGCCAGAAAGGGGUUCUUCCAGCCGUAAACCCGUCUAUGCUGCCUUUUCCAUCCUGAUAGCCUUGCUUAUUGCGGGCCAGGCAGUGACUGGCUACUUUGUGUAUCAGCACCACACCCAGAUUUCCAAAGUAACCAAGACCGCCACUGAGCUGAAACUGCAGUCGCUGGCCAACAAUCUCCCUCAUGCUCCCAAGGCAGUUAACCAGAAGAGGAUGGCAAUGGCCAACAUUAUGCCUAUGGUCAUGAGGGACCCAGAUGAAGAGUCUCCAGAGGAUAAAAUGAAGCUGACCAAUAGCACCGAAGACCAGAUCAAACGUCUGCUCAUGCAAUCAAACCCUCUCAUAAAAUUUCCUGAACUGAAAAAGAGCUUCAUGGAAAAUAUGAAUACUCUGAAGAGCCGCUUGGAUUUUGAGGACUGGAAGUCUUUUGAAACCUGGAUGCACAAGUGGCUGCUUUUCCAAAUGGCCAAGAAUGAGAUUCCAGCUGCACAAGUGAAAACCAAGUGCCAGACAGAAGAAUGUGGUCGGGGUGUCCACCUGGGAAGAUUCUGUGCCAAGUGUGAUGAAAAUGGCGACUAUCUGCCUAAGCAAUGCCAUGGUAGCACUGGCUUUUGCUGGUGCGUCUACAAAAAUGGCACCAUGGUUGAGGGCACUACUAAAGUCCGUGGGCCACUGGACUGCACUGGAAAAGGGCAACUGGUGAACGUGACAGCUGGUGAUACUGAGAAUGUGACAGCUUCCCAGCUGAGCUUCAGUAACUAAAUGAUUGAGGAAUGCCAAGCAAACAAGGCAGGCAGUAGCACCAGCUGCAUCAGCUCAAGAAGCCCAGCUUAUCUUCUCCAGUUUGCUCCAGUUUCUCUCGUUUUUUUGCUUCUGUAUUGAUUUCCUGAAUUAUGUUAGCCGCAACCACUUCUAAAAUUCCUAGGCUUAAGCAUUAUCCUUAAUGGAGGAGGGAAAAGUAGGUUGAUUAAAUAUAAUAGCCUGCUGAGCUGAGCCCUGAAUUACCUUUUUAGAGAAGUAACCCUUGUACAACCACAGCUUUAGCAGCAAAAUGCUUCAAGCAAGAAAGGGUGAUGUUUUCCUCAAUUAUUCAGCUCAUGCAGAGAGGAUCUUUCCCCCCCCCCUGAAUAAACCCUGCAGUGAUUCUUGUGGCUAAUCAGGCUCCAUGAAUAGGGGAACAUUUACUGAAUGUAUGUAAAUAACAAUAGGAUUCUGAGACAGUAAGCACAUCUUUUGCAAUGAAAUAUCUGUUUCCCUCAAAUGGGGGUGGGAGGGAGAAUAUAAAAUUGUUUUCCAAAUAUAUUCUUCAAAGGUUUAUUACUCUAUGUUUAAUUCACUUUACUCUUUCCCCACUGGACUCCUCCUGAUUUUAGAUAAGUCUUACAAGAGGUAGAAGAUUUCUACUGACCCCUUCAUUUAUUUGUUCUUUGCAUCUUUCUUCUUUGGUGAUCACCCAUAGCCGAGUAAGAUUGUCUUCCAUGAACACAGUCUUAACAGUGAGUCUGUAAGUGACUGUGGAGACCAAUUCUGGAUCCACAUGUCCUUCCACAGUGAGGACAUAGGUUUCCAGGCAGGAGUUGAUCAUGGUGAGGGUUUGCCAAAUGUGCCUUCCUCUUAGCCCGUUUCUUCUUUUUGCCCUGAGUUUGUGCUUCUUCUUUAAAGGGAAAUUAUCGAGUGUUCUUUACAUAUAUGGAUAUGAACUGCUGUCAUCCUGAGUCAUGCUGACUGGGGCUGAUGGGAAUCAGGGUCCUGAUGGUCUAGAGGAAUGGAGGCAUUACCUUAUGUAAGGUUUAAAUAUAGUUGUGAAUCCUGAAGCCCCAAAUGCUGUACCCUAUGGAGUUGGUUGUGUACCCUUUGCAUUUGCUAGCAUAGCCCUAGAACUUGCUUUAGUAGAGUUUCUAGCAAGAGAAUACUGGAAUUGUAGGUAAAGCUAUAUAAAUCUAUCUGGGCAAAGAACAGGCUUCUCCCGCAUCCAAAGCAAAUAUAAGUGAAUGUUUCUUCAAUUACACAAGCAAGCCAGCAGAGUGGAUAUGUAUUAGUGAUAGAUGAUAGACGAGCACCCACGCUUAUGACAUACUAAUUAUACCCUUUGAAUAUAUGAUCAUUGCUUUAUUAGUGAACUCAAAGAUGAUUUUAACUGUAAGUCUUUGUAAAGUUAAAAAAAAAUAAAAGAUAACCUACUAAUACGGGGCUCUUGUCCAUUGAGGUGGAUGACUGAGAGAAGACUCCAAUUAACUGGUUAACAACCAAAGGGAGAGAAACUCAACAUACAUUUCCAUAAACCUUCCUGUGAAAACCACGAGGGCUGGAAGCUUAGCUCUCUUUAAGAACAAAACAAACAAACUACAAAGACAUGAGCCUGUUCAACACAACAUGACAGCUGUGUGCAGCAGACCAAAUCCUUCAGAACUGUUUAGCUGCAGCCAAGAGAUUUACACAUUUUCAGUUUCCAAAUAACACACAUGUGCUUUUCCCAGUUACUAUGGUUUUAUUGUAUGCUAUUAUUUAAAAAAAGAAAGAGAGGGAGAGAAAAGUACAAGAGAAAAAGCCAACCUAGAAUCAACAGGGUUUUGUACAUAUUGAACACAAUUCCUGGAUGGACAUUGCAGAGACAUAAAACUUCUUCCUUUAAUGUAGUAUGAAAAGAGGGGGAGGCGAUCUUUUCCUUUAAAAAAUAUAACUCUUAAGGGUUGGGAUGGGGUGAAGGAGGAAGUAGAGAUAGCCGUAAAUGUAAUUGCUGGAUUCAGGAUUGAAUAAUCAAAGGUGUUUGUCUUCCUCACAUUCUGUCAGUUACAGUAGCGGCAUCUUCUCCAUUGGCCAAGCAAUUGGGGCAUGUCUUAUUCCCAAGCAAAUAGCCAGAUCAACUGUUAGCAAUGCUUAGCUCUAAAAGUCACAGUUAAAAAUAGUUAUAAAUACUGGAAUCAAGUCUUUGACAUUCCCAUUUUCUUU